GCGCUCUCCUUCAGCGGAGCCCCACGCAGCUGCUGUGGUUCCUCAGUGCUGGAGACUGCACUGCCACGAGUGGAGUGUCUCUCUCUCUCCUCUCACUCCUUUAGGAUAUUCACUUCCAAUGGACUAAUCUAUGAAUAAUCCAUCCCUUUCCCGCGAUCAUGACCUAUUAGUUUUAUCUCUAUCGAUAUCGUUUUGUGUGGAAUAAAAACGAACUUGUAUAAAUCCCAAAGGUUACUCAUCGCCACCGGUUUUAAUGUGUUUUAUGUGUUUGCGCUCCACUGUAAGGUAAACUGCUCCAUGUUUCAGUUUCUCGGCGCGUGCUUUUAUCCCGUGGAUGCGGCCGUUUGAGUGUUUGUUUGAGCCCAGCAGGAUCAACCUGUCAUAGGGCAUCAUGAUUUCUCUCCUUCGCAUGCGGAUAAGGAACAUUUUGCCGGAGAUGCUGAUCUUUUCCCCAAUUCUGUGUUUCUUUCCUCUGAUUGGAGCGGCUCCUGCUCUGACCACCGAGCAGCUGGACACGGGGGUGGACUGGCUGAGUAAGUUUGGCUACCUCCCACCACCUGACCCAGUAACCGGACAGCUUCAGACAAAGGAGGCCUUGACCAAGGCUAUAAAAGCCAUGCAGAGGUUUGGAGGGCUGAAAGAGACUGGGGUUUUAGACCAAGCCACAUUAGGGUUGAUGAAAACACCGAGGUGCUCACUACCAGAUGUGUCUCAGGCUGAGGUGACAACAAUGCGCAGAAAACGAAGUGUUACUCCUCAAAGCAAAUGGAACAAGAGGCAUCUUUCCUGGAGAGUGAGAACCUACCCAAAGGAUUCUGCCCUGCUUGGCAGGGACACAGUUCGGGCCCUCAUGUACUAUGCUUUGAAGGUCUGGAGCGAUAUUGCGCCUCUAAAUUUCCACGAGGUGGCCGGCAACAACGCAGACAUUCAGAUAGACUUCACUAAAGCCGACCACAAUGAUGGCUACCCCUUUGACGGGCCUGGUGGAACGGUGGCACAUGCCUUUUUCCCUGGAGAGAGGUUCACAGCUGGGGAUACACACUUUGAUGAUGAUGAACCAUGGACCUUCAGAUCACCAGACUCUCAUGGGAUGGACCUGUUUGCUGUUGCAGUCCAUGAGUUUGGUCAUGCUAUCGGUCUGGUUCACACCUCGGCCAUGGAAUCCAUCAUGAGGCCGUACUACCAGGGUCCUGUAGGGGACCCUCUGAAGUAUGAUCUACCCUAUGAAGACAAAGUGCGUGUCUGGCAACUCUACGGCGUCAGAGACUCAGUUUCCCACACAAAUCAACCAGGGGACCCCUCGCUCACACCUGAGCCUCCUGUCCUGCUUGAUCUCCCUGAAAACAGGUCCACUGUUCUGCUGGCACGAGACGCCCCAGACAGAUGCACAACUCACUUUGAUGCUGUGGCCCAGAUACGGGGGGAGGCCUUCUUUUUCAAAGGAAAGUACUUCUGGCGACUAACAAGGGAAAAGCAUCUGGUGUCUCUACGUCCUGCACAGAUCCAUCGCUUCUGGAGGGGGCUUCCAACCAACCUGGACAGUGUGGAUGCUGUGUAUGAGAGGCCAGGGGACCACAAAAUUGUCUUUUUCAAAGGGUUGAAAUACUGGGUGUUUAAAGACAAUAUUGUAGAGGAGGGUUACCCACGCCCAAUCAGUGACUUCGGCCUGCCUAUGGAGGGUGUGGACGCAGCUUUCGUUUGGCUUCACAAUGAAAAAACCUACUUCUUUAAAGACAAAGAGUACUGGCGUUAUGAUGACCACCUAAGACGCAUGGACCUGGGCUACCCAAAAGAAAGCACCCUCUGGAAAGGGUUGCCAUCACAACUUGAUGAUGUCAUGAGGUGGUCUGAUGGUUCUACAUACUUCUUCAAGGGAAAGGAGUACUGGAGAGUGCCGGACAGUGACAUGGAGGCGGAGACGGGAUACCCCCGUCUGAUUGCGAAGGACUGGCUGCUCUGCACCGAGAUGCAGUCGGACUCUCCAGACACUGAUGCCAAAAGUGCAGUCAACGUGCAGCGGCACCCAGAUCAUGCAGAGAACGGAUACGAGGUUUGCUCCUGCACCUCAGACACUGCUUCACCUUUGGGGGUCCGGCCCUCCCCAUCAUCACUCUGGCUACUGCCGCCUCUUUGGACAGUCUCAUUAUGCUUCUACUCUGAACUUCUAUGAUGGUGAAGCACUGGACAAAGCUCUUUCAAGCGGACUGAUCAAUAAUUAAAAAAUGUUGAUGCGAAACUCUUUUGUAUGUUUUUGCUCUGAUUUUGCAGUUAUUUAUUCAAUAAAUCCCUUUAUUAUUUUUUUUUUCUGUCUACAAAUGCACCUGACUUUCAAUGCUUUGUCAUUUUCAACAACAUCUCAUUAACAAAGGUUUUAAAGAGCAGAAGUAUUUUUUAAACAGGGUUCUUAUGUCUCCAUGUGCAACAGGUGUAGUUCAGUGAUCACUCAGGUGCACAGGUGAGCAACAUUUUAGGACAUAAGAUAGAAAAUAAUUAUUAAUGCCCAGCUUGGUAAAAUAAAUGCAAUUAAUCAAAAACAACUUACAGUUUUGAAAUGCUGUAAUAGUAUGCAGAUGUAAUGCUAAUGUCCUCUCAUUGAUUAUCUGUCAAACUUAAAUGAUUCAGGUCAUCAAAGAAAUGCUUGUAGCACUAUUUUCUUGCAGAAAAGAUAUCUUGAGUUUGAACACCUGGGAUCUUUCUACAUUUAGUAUGCAGGUCAUGCAUGGGUUUUCUCCAGGUAGCCCGGUUUUCUCCCACAGUCCAAAAACUGUUGAUUUAUGUUUCUAAACUGGCCUUAAGUGUGAGUGCAUGAGGACUUUUGGGAAUAUUUACACCAUUUCUAUAUUUCUGUCGGUUUGUGAAUAAUGGUUUAAACUAUGGUUUGCUUGGACCUCAAAACUAAUUAUAAUACACUUUAUUUAAAAAGGGACAGCAUACAGUGCAGUAAUAAAUUAAAAAAUUUGACCUACCGUUCUAAAUUAUAGCAUAAACUAAUUACCUCCGCCUAGGAGGUUAUGUUUUAAUCAGACUUGGUUUGUCUGGUUCAAAAUAAAUAAAAAGUUUUGGACUGAUUUUGCUUAAACUUUCAGAGAAGAUGCGUAUAGUGACUUGCAAAAAAGAUGAUCUCGAUUACUGAUUACCCUUAUUCGAAAGAUUCUGUGAAUACAGACAUUAACUUAACAUGGAAGUCACAACACGUCGGAGGAAAUUAGCUACUUGGGGGAGGCCAGCGUCUCUGAGUGCUUUUCUUUUUCAAAUCUGUAGUCUCUUGAUAGGUUAAUGAAGAGAUAUAUUAGAAGAGCAGUAGAGUAAAUGAAAAUUAAGCUUAAGAACAUACUUACUACUCACACCAGACAGGCGGACACAGAGUCAGUAAUUACAAAACUUAGCAGUUCUUAGCUGAUUUUGUAGAGUGGAUUAAAAAGAUGUCCAUGAUUUUGUUAAACAUCUGUCAUAGAUUUUCUUUAGUUUAGGGCCAUUAUCUCACUUUGUAGGACAGGGCCUCGUCCACUUGAACAGAAAACUGACUUUUCAUAGUGAAGUUAAGAUUACGAAGGUAUUUAAUGUUAUUUCCACAAUGGGCUAGUCUGGUUUAGUCGGCAUUUCCUUAAGUAAAUCAAAUCAUUAAAAAAGGCUUCUUGUGACUCAAUAUAUCUGUCAGAUAGUAAUAUUUGUUUAACCUGAAACAUUUAAGCAUGACAAGACGGCAAAAACAGGAUACUUAUUCAUAAUAGUUCAAACUCUUGCUAUUCUAUUUGGGUCCAAAAACAUGUUUAACAAAGUUUUGGCUUCUUAUUCAGAAGAAAAGAAACUUAUUUUCUCUGUUGGAACUUGUAAUUUUUUUUAAGAAAUUAAGAAAAAAAAGAUUUUAUAUUAUUGAAAAUAUUUUUUUUAAAACACAAAAGGCUUUUCAAAGUGGAAUUUGAAUAACUCCAAAAUGUAUUCAAACAUGUGUCUAUCAGCGAGCUCCUCACUGCUUAUAAUGAGUGUGAAUACUUAACACUGCCCCUCCUGUAGGUGGAUGGACCUGUUUCCUCGCUGUAAUUUGUUGACACUGAUCCAAAAUGAGGAUCUCCUGUUCAUCUGUGGGCUGAGUCUUUCUCAUAACUUCCCUGCUGUCAAAUGAAGAUUCCAUAUUCCUGUUUAUUUUAUUGCCUGCAGCUGCAUCAUCGUGGGCGCAGGAUUUAUUCUUGCUGUAAAGAUAUAUUUACCUAUAAACUGAUAUAUUUGACUGGAGAUGUUUUUGCAGCUAUUGCAUCACCAAGUGAACUGUGUAUAUUUUAAGCUGUGUUUUUAAUGUACAAUAUUUUUGUAAAAAAAAAACA